AUGAACUCAAAAAGCGAAACUGACGAAGCUUCAAGGGGGAGCGAAGCAACAUCGUCAAAUAGUAAUUCAACCCCAAACAACGCAGAGGAUUUGUCCCAGCCAGUUUUAUGCGUAAACCCAGUUUCGGGUAGCCCUCAGGACAUUAUGAAGCGAGCUGCAAAACAGCUGAUAGAGAGAUAUUUCUAUCAGCUUCUAGACGGUUGUGGAAAUCCCAAUUGUGGCAACCAAUACUGUGCAUCCAGUCAACAGGCUAGACACUUAACCCCAAAUGAAGCAGCUGCUGAAGCAAUAAAGCUAGCAGAACAUAAGGAUGCACAACUUUGUGACAGUUAUCCCAAUAAAGUACCUCGCACUGAAACCAGCAACUGUGAUUCAAAUGCCAGUACAACCUGUAAUUCAAUUAAGAAAGAAAAAAAUGGUGGUAACAAGGAUAGAUCAGAAACAUCCACAUCUGUUAUAAUACAAGAAGAGAGACCAGCUGAACAAUUGGAACCAGAAACUAGUCAGAAUGUAUCUCAAAAAGAUAAUAAUAAAGACAUUAGUCAUAACAAUGGUGUUCCAUUGACUGAGGACCGGAUGCGUCAGCUCUGUGAUGAAUGUCUUCAGACCAAGAUACCACAACCAUUAAUAAGGGCACUAGGGGAAGCAUUCACGCAGCCUACUAUUUUGGCCAGAUCGUUUCAAAGCAAAGUCAGAGAUAGGAAAAUAGACUGUGAACAAGAGAAAAAAAAGGAUAAGGAAUUAAAGGCAAUGUGUUCUAAAAGUGAUCCAGACAAAGACAUUGACAGUGUCACAGGACCUGGUUUAGAUGUGGAGUCAUGCCAUAGAGCCUUUCAGUAUCUUGCAAAAGUGCCACCAGAAUAUUAUAGUUCUGCACUAGUCACAGCUCUGACAACAUUAGCAGAACAUUUAAAGAUUGACUUGAGGAUAAACAAAAAAAUGAGCAUGGAGGAUGUAGUAAACUGCUUUGUGAUAGCAUUUGAAGUUCCUGAUCUCGGCUGCAGUGAUUAUCUAGAGAUUGCAUUGCCCUCAUUGUGUAGUGCUGCUGAGCACUUGCCCAUUAAAGCUCAAGCGAGACUUGCAAGGAUGUGGGCACAGUAUUGCAAGGAGAGUUUACGUCACAUCUUAGAGACUUUACAGCAGCUAAUUACUCUAAGAGUUAUAUCAACAAAUUACACAAGGCAUUUCCAAGUGCAGGACGAUGACAGUGUGACAAUGGCUACAAAGCUUAUGAAAAUAGUGUAUUAUGCAAACAUGCUAGCUGGAGUGGUAGAACAGAACAUGCAACUAGAGGAGCCAGUGGUAAUAGCGAAUCAGUCAGAUCCAUUAGGUGAUGCCUUGUAUGACUUCCUACCGCUGUCUUCCAUGAAGAGCUCUAAGACAUCCCAACCUGACGACCCUUUAGCUGUUGAAUUAGAUUUAAAUGUAUUAGAUGCUAGAAAGCCAUACCUACCAUUUGAAGAGUUUUACAAUGAACCUCUAAGUGAUAAUAUAGAAAUGGACAUAGACUUUGCUAGUUAUAAAACUGAAAUAUCUAAUGGCAAGAAGUUUGCGUUCCUGAAGUACCCGUUCAUCCUGACCGCGGCGACCAAGUCGCUGGGGCUCUACUACGAGAACCGCAUUCGGAUGUACUCGGAGCGGCGCGUGUCGCUGCUGCACGCGGUGGUGGGGGCGGCGCCUCCGAUGCCCUUCCUGCGCCUCAAAGUGCGCCGCACCCACAUCAUCGACGACGCCCUGGUCGAGCUGGAAAUGAUAGCAAUGGAGCGUUCACUAGAUCUCAAAAAGCAGCUGGUGGUGGAGUUUGAGGGUGAGCAAGGUGUGGACGAGGGUGGUGUCAGUAAGGAGUUCUUCCAGCUCAUUGUGGAGGAGAUAUUCAAUCCUGACUAUGGAAUGUUCACGCAACAGCCUGACACGGAAACCGUGUGGUUUAACCCAACAUCGUUUGAGACAGAUGCACAGUUUACAUUAAUCGGUAUUGUGCUUGGUCUAGCGAUAUACAACAAUAUUAUACUGGCAGUCAACUUCCCAAUGGUUGUAUAUAGGAAGCUAAUGGGUAGGAAGGGCACCUUUGAGGACUUGGCAGACUGGAAUCCGACUUUGUAUAAUGGCCUAAAGGACAUGCUAGAAUACACAGGUGGCGAUUUAGAAGAAGUGUAUUAUCAAACCUUCAGGAUAUGUUACCAAGAUGUAUUCGGAAAUACCAUAUUCCAAGAUCUUAGAGAAAAUGGCGACGGCAUAUUUGUUACGCAAGAAAAUAAAAAGGAAUUUGUCGACCUGUAUGCAGAUUUCCUGCUCAACAAAUCGGUGGAGACGCAGUUCAAGGCGUUCAGACGAGGCUUCGUGAUGGUCACCGAUGAAAGUCCUCUGGGCGCCCUGUUCCGGCCGGAGGAGGUUGAAACAUUAGUUUGCGGUAGUAAGAACUUCGACUUCAACGAGCUGGAGAAGUCGACCGAGUACGACGGCGGCUACACGGCGGAGUCGCGCGCCGUGCGCGACUUCUGGUGCGUGGUGCACGAGCUGGACGCGGCGGCGAAGCGGCGGCUGCUGCGCUUCGCGACCGGCUCGGACCGCGCGCCCGUCGGCGGCCUCGGCCACCUGCGGCUCGUGGUGGCGCGCAACGGGCCCGACACCGAGCGGCUGCCCACCGCGCACACCUGCUUCAACGUGCUGCUGCUGCCCGAGUACGCCACGCGCGACAAGAUGCGCGACCGCCUGCUCAAGGCCAUCAGCUACGCGGAGGGCUUCGGCAUGCUC